UUUAAUCAGAAAUUUAAUUACUAAAUUUCUAGAUUCUCUGGACUUUGAAACUUGCUAGAAGCAUAUUAUUGGUUCUGAAAGUAUACUCAAAAGUGCUAAAUAGUGCUCUUUUUAAAUCGAUCUUUUUAUCCUGAAAAGAACUUAAUUUUAUGUGAGUCUAGGAUGUGAAAAAGCAUGAGCUUAAAGUACAUGAAUAAGCCCCAGUCAGAGACUGAGAUGAACCGUAUAUUUGUGAAAUGAAUUAAAUAAUAGUAUGGUGUUGCUCCUUAAUUAUAGGUCUUCCAGGUGCAAACUCCUUGAAAGAUUUGUACAUCCAGCAACUCAUUGGACUCAUCAUUUAUGAAUGAUGGUAAUUACGUCUAUAGCUAACCAGCAUCAGAGAAGUAAGCAGAAGCAGCACCCAAUAGCAGAGCAAAUAAAGAAUUUAUAUCAAUCGGUUUUUGUAAAAGCAAGUAAUAGGAGUUCAGAGGAUGAAGACCAAGAAGAGCUAAAGUCAGACCAAAUAAGCUCAGAUGAGUUCAGCGACCUUCAUUCUUUCGAUCCAGGAGCAAGCUCAGAUAAUAGCUCUGAUGAUUCUUUUGGAGAGAACGGGCUGUUCAAAAGCGCAUCAUCUCAAGAGAUCAAUACUUCUCAGGUUAGCAUGAGUAGUGAAGAUGGGCCUAUAUUUGAGCCAUAUCAUGAAAACCAUAGCGAAAGUGAAGAAAGCAAUAACAGUUCAGAGAGUGACGUUGAGAAUGAAUCCUUUUAAGUCCCCUUAUUGAAGUGAUGCUUUGC